AUGGCACCAAAGAAGAUUGAACCAAAAAAACCUGAGCCCAAAAAGCCAGAGCCUAAGAAAGAUGCGGCUCCAGCUGCUAAGCCGGCUCCAGUUCCAGAGCCGCUGCCUGAGCCGCCCAAGGAACCUCCAUUUGAUCCCAAGAGCAUCACUCUUGAGUACACCGCCGACCAGAUUGAGGAGUUCAAAGAGGCAUUCACCUUGUUUGACCGCACACCGACCGGAGAAAUGAAGAUCACAUAUGGCCAGUGCGGAGACGUCAUGCGAGCUCUGGGCCAGAACCCUACCAAUGCAGAUGUGCUGAAAGUGCUUGGGAAACCGCGGCCAGAGGACAUGAGCCAGAAAAUGGUGGAUUUUGAGACCUUCUUGCCAAUGCUGCAACAUAUCUCCCGCGCAAAAGACCAAGGCAACUUUGAGGAUUUUGUGGAGGGGCUCAGGGUUUUUGAUAAGGAAGGCAAUGGCACCAUCAUGGGAGCGGAGCUGCGUCAUGUGCUGGCAACACUGGGAGAGAGGAUGACAGAAGACGAGGUGGACAGACUGAUGGUCGGACAGGAAGACGCCAAUGGGUGUAUCAACUAUGCUUCCUUUGUGAAGCAUAUUCUCUCCGGGUAAAAGGGACAUUUAGCCUUAAAGACUCUGUUUUCAACACCUUCUGGAAGCUUGAUUAGCAUUUGCCCAUUCAUAGGGGAGCUUGUCACUUAGUUGCUGACAUUAUUUUGCUGUCAAGAGCAUCCAAUAAGAAAAAGUUGUCCGCAAGACCUAUGAUUAGUUAUUUUUAAUAAACACUCUGAAUUUGAAUGAAAUGCCAGUGAGAUAAAAUGGGCAUCCACAAAGAAACCUCCAUUAAUAAAGGAAAUAUAAU